CAUCAUUGAACGUAAUCACAUGAAUCAAUCGAUCGAUCAACAGAUCUAUCGACAAACCCUUGCCCUUACAAAACUAGAACUACUUACUGCACACCACCACCGCUGCAAUUACCGAUCUCAUCCCACCAAUUCCAUCAAACCAAACAAGAUGUCCCUGUCCCUGCACCUAACAACCGCCACCCUCCACCUAACCUCCAUCCCACCAGGCACCUUCAUAGGCAUCGAUCUGACAAGCUUCUCUUCGACGCCGGCAUUCCAGGGCGUAAAGCUGAUCCCAUCGGGCCUGCACCUACUCUACUACUCCUCGACUACCGAUUCCUCGCUACGCAACGGGUUCUGGUUCUACGCCUAUCCGGGGCGAGUGAUAAGCAAGGCGUGGGAUCCCGCAGCUGAGACAGCGACGCUCGUCGAUUCUCCUCCGUCGUCCGUGGGAUUGGGGGAAAAGGUGUACGCGGAGAACCUGAUGCCGUAUAUGCAACGGGAAGAGUGGAGGGCGUUGGGUGGGUGUGUGCAAGAACGCACGUUGGAAAGGUGCCUUGGGGGGGGGUGGGUAUGCGGGACUGCGGGGGUUUCGGGGAUGGAUUACGAUGUUAGUGAGGAUGAGAUCAUGGGACUUCCGCCCGGUGGGGGAGGGGUGGAUGUGGUGUGGACAAAUGUGGACUUGAAGGUUACCUGGCCCGCCGGCACAAUCGGCCGGGAGCGGACGGAAAUGGCGAAUGAUAGAAGUUGGGCGCUCAAUAAUCUGCUUCACAAACUAACCUCUAAAGACCAAGAAGAUGCGGAAAGGGGGCUCCUGAGCGAACUCCAGUUGUCAUUCGUAAUGUCAAUCACCCUUGGUUCCUACUCCGCCAUGGAACAAUACCGCCGCUUACUCGGCCUCUGCUUAACCUCCCGAACCUGCGUAUUCCACGAACGGAGGAAGCUCUUUGAAGGGCUGCUCGAAACACUACUUGCACAGUUGGACUUCGUCGACGGGGACUUCUGGGCUGGCUUCAUCGACGGUGGAGAUGGGGACGAUAAUUGGCUCGCGAAGCUGCUCCGACGAUUCGGGAGCGGGAUUAAAGAUGCGGGCAGCGAACAACAACGACUCGACCAAGACAGGGAUUCGAUAGUGAGGCUUUUCCGGGAUAUCGAGUCGUUGACUAGGGCGAAGUUUGACUGGGUAUUGGAUUAUAAGAAUGUGGUCAGGAGGGGACUUGUGCAGACCGAGGAUGGGGAAAUGGUCGAGCUGGAAUUAGCGGGCCAGGAUGAGGAGGAUGAGACGGGGGAAUAUGCACCUGUCAUUGUAGAGGAGGUUCUCCUAGAGACUGGUCGUGAGUAGCGGAGGUGGGGAUGAUGGUUGGGGGAGAAAGAGGAGAAAGAGAAAAAAAGCAAGCAAUUACAGGGGAAGUAGAAGCAAGGUAAUCCCAAAUUCGUAUGCAUAAGAAGUGAGGAGGCCCCUCCAUGAAAAUCGAACGAAGGGUAGUGUGGGGGAAUAAGGCUUUUUUUAUUUUUAUUUUUUACUUGUGCAUACAUAGUUGUUUUUAAUUACCUCGUACAAGCAUGAUACGAGGACGAU